CAAGAAUAAGCACCUACUAAGUUCCUGAGGCAGGCCUUCUGAAUAUGUUGAGAGAUCUUUUCCUCUGUACCGAGUAUUGUGAAAGUCAGAGAGAAUCCAGGUUUAACCAAGGUAAGGUGAGCUAUCACUUUUACAGCUGCCUUGGCUCGAGAUAAAACAGGGAGGUCCAGACUUCCUGUUUUUUUUAGCUGACUGCCUACGAGCGCCAGCAGCAGCCAUUAUACCGAGUCAGGGCAGCUCCCACAAAACAAACCUUGUUUUCAGACCAUUCUCUGCAGAGAAGUUUACAGAAGACAGCAAAGAUUAUGCUGAAUACAUCUGGGAACCUGGUGUAGGGGGACCCGAGUCCUAGCAACAGGAGACUUCUAACAACUCAGUGACAGAAAACAAGUUCGUUCUUCACGUCACUCAUCAGAACAGUGAACCAAUGAUGCCAGGAGAGCUGAGGCUCAUCCUCAUAGGGAAGACGGGAACGGGGAAGAGUGCAACUGGAAAUAGCAUCCUUGGCAAGAAAGCCUUUAAGUCUAAGCUCAGUUCCAGGCCAGUGACAGAGAGCUGCCAAAGAGAGAGCAGGGAAUGGAAUGGAAGGACACUUGUUGUCAUUGACACCCCAGAUGUUUUUUCCUUCGAUGCCAAACCAAAUGGAGAUCUGGAGCUCUGUCGCUGUAUGGCCCUUUCAUACCCAGGGCCUCAUGCCCUGCUUCUGGUAAUCCAGUUGGGUCGUUAUACCAAUGAGGACAAGAAGGCCCUCAGGCGCAUCCAAGAGAUAUUUGGAGUGGGGAUCCUGUCUCACACCAUCCUUGUCUUCACCAGGAAAGAAGACUUAGGGAAGGAAACCCUGAAGGAAUACUUAAAAGAAACAGAAAACAAAAACUUGGGCUGGCUGGAUAUGGUGUGUGAAGGAUUUCACUGUGGUUUCAACAACAAAAUUGAAGGAGAGGAACAGGAGGCCCAACUAAAGGAACUAAUGAACAUGAUAGAUGGCAUUCUCUGGAAAAAUAACUCCCGCUGCUACUCGAAUGAGGUGUAUGACUACAUCCAGCAAAAUAUUCAGCACUUAAAAGGGGAGCUGGGAGAAGAGCCAACAGGCCAGGGACAGGGUUCAAAAGGAGCUAUCUGUAAGGAGGAUAUGGCAUCAAAGGAGUCAGAUCAUCCCAACUCUGCCCUAGAAAGUCUGAGGACCAUUCAGAGGAAAUAUGAGGAGCAUCAAAAAUCAGUGUUGAAGAAGGAGUCACAGACCCCUUGGUUGGAUGGCCCCUCAUCUUGGGGUACUUUCUUGGGAUAUUUCCCUAUGAAGAUCCUCUAUAAUACUCUAACCUCUUCUCUACCAUCCACAGACCAUCCCCAGUUGACUGGACCCAAGCACAGUGAUAGAGAGGAAAGAACACAGAACCAGGAAUCAGAGUGGAAAGAAGUUCAGGGAGAUGCCACUAGUCAGAAUGUCACUGAUGACAAAUAACAGAGAAUAAAUAACCCCAUCCCAUGACAUGUGUCAGGCUAUUAUACUUUUCAAUGAACUUUUCGAUCCAUAGUCUUAACUGAUUCUUUCCCCAACCCAGUUGGUAAGGCAAGAUCAAAGGAUUCACAGGUAGAAAGGGGAUGUUAGGAAUAAUUUUAUACAAUCCCUUCAUUUUUCAGUGUAGAAUCUAAAAGACCCAACUGCCACUGACUAGUUCUAUGGCUUGAACAAGUUACUUAGUAUGGUCUACUUUAUAGUUGAGGAAACUGAGUAAGACAAAGAUUAAGUGACUUGCCCAGUCAUAUGGCUAGUCAGUGUCUGUGGCUAAAUUUGAACUGCCUAGCUGCCUUUGAAUAUCUUAUUUUGCAUAAGGUACUAGGUCUUUGGUCUAAAUCUUAACAGUAUUUUAUUUUUUCCAGUUACAUGUAAAGAUAGUUUUCAACAUUCAUUUUCAUAAGAUUUUGAGUUCCAAAUUUUUCUCCCUCCCUCCCGUGCAUUCCCCCUCCCCAAGAGAGCAAGCAAUCUGAUAUAAGUUAUAUAUGUAUAAUCACAUUAAACUUUUUUGGGGUAAAGCUAAUUUCUUUCAUACUAUUAUCCAUUUUUCCAGAAAUUUUUGUCAAAUAUUAUAUCUUUAUCCUAGUAACUGGGGUCUUUCUGUUUUCUUUUGAAUUUGUAUUGAUGUCCUUAUGAAUGAUGAAUGUAGCACUAACCUUAAUAAAUAACAAAUAACCAUGUAUAUGGGCUAAUGCCCACUGAUGAAAA